CAGGUGGCAUCCUUAGCGCGCAGCCACGGCUACGCGCGCUGGACCGACAUCCAGAACGACGGCGCCUUCGGGGUCAUCAACGAACCCUUCAAGGGCGAGGCCUCCAAGGGCAACUUCCUGGAGAUGAAGAACAAGUUCCUGGCGCGCCGCUUCAAGCUGCUGGAGCAGGCGCUGGUGAUCGAGGAGCAGCUGCGCCGCGCCGCCUACCUGAACAUGACGCAGGACCCCAGCCACCCCGCCAUGGCCCUGAACACGCGCUUCGCCGAGGUCGAGUGCCUGGCCGAGAGCCACCAGCACUUGUCCAAGGAGUCGCUGGCGGGCAACAAGCCGGCCAACGCCGUGCUGCACAAGGUGCUGAACCAGCUGGAGGAGCUGCUGAGCGACAUGAAGGCCGACGUGACGCGGCUGCCGGCCACGCUGUCCCGCAUCCCGCCCAUCGCCGCGCGCCUGCAGAUGUCCGAGCGCAGCAUCCUCAGCCGCCUGGCCAGCAAGGGCACCGAGAGCCACCCCCCGCCCAGCUUCCCGCCGGGGCCCUACGCCACCCCCCCGAGCUACGGGGGCACCUUCGGGACCCCCCCGGCCGGAGCCCUCCCCCACCCCGGGGGGGCCAACUACAGCCAGAUGCCCCCGGGCUCCUUCAUCUCCGCCUCGAACGGCCCCGCGGUGCUGGUGAAGCGCGAGGCGGAGGCGCUGGAGCGGAAGGAGCCGCGGGGGGGGGAGGUGAUCUGCAUCGACGACUGAGGGGGGCGGGGCCUCGGGGGGACCCGCCCCCCCGCCCCUCCCCCCGCACCCCCCCUCACCCCCCCCUCCCCCCCCUCCCUUCCCCACCUCCCUCCCCUCCCCCCCCCGGAGCCCGGCGGGGGGAGGGGCAGCGCGCGGGGGCGGGGGAGGGGCUAUAAAUACGGAACUCUAUAAAUAUGGAUU